CCGCGGCCCGCGGCGCGACGCUAGUGCGCAGGCGCGGCGGCCGAUGCGAGUGUGGAUGUGCGGGUGAGAAGAUGGCGGCGGCGGGGGAAGCCGCGUGAGGAUCCCAGGAGCGCCCAGUCCCAUUGAAACGGGCCGCCAUGGCCCUCCGCAAACCGCAGUACAUUUUUGGAGAUUUUAGCCCCGAUGAAUUCAAUCAGUUUUUUGUGACUCCUCGCUCUUCUGUUGAGCUUCCUCCAUACAAUGGGACAAUUCUGUGUGGUGCACAGGCUGCCGAUGAACUACUUGAUGGACCAGAAUACCAGAGGAUUGAAUUUGGUGUUAAUGAAGUGAUAGAAACCAAUGAUACUUUGCCGAGAACUCAUAACUACAGUAUUUCAAGCACAUUGAAUCCUCAGGCCCCAGAAUUUAUUCUUAGCUGCACAACUUCCAAAAAGACCCCUGAUGACCUAGAUAAAGAUGUGAACUACAGCUCCAUUGACUGCCAGUACCCAGACUCCAGCCUUGCUUUGGAUAGCAGUUCUAAUGUGGAGGUAGAAGUGUCGGAAAAUGAUGGCGUCUCGGGUGGUUUAGGACAAAGGGAGCGGAAAAAGAAGAAAAAACGGCCACCUGGAUAUUACAGUUACUUGAAAGAUGGCAGUGAGGGUAGUGUUUCCACAGAAACCCUGGUCAAUGGCCACGCCAAUUCAGCAGUCCCGAACAGCAUAGGCACAGAGGAUGCUGAGUUGAUGGGUGACAUGCCUCCGUCAGUGUCACCCAGGACUUGUAGUAGCCCUCAGGACUCCAUGGACUUUGUCAGUGACACUGUACCAGGAGGUUCUUUCUCUGAAUCCAUAGACAGCAAUGGAAGGACUGCAGGGCAGCCUGAGGGCUGCCCAGGGGCUGCCUCUGAACAACCCUGCCUUCCUGCAGAGACUGGCAGGGACAGCCUGCUGAGGACAGCUGUGGCUCAGCCUUUCCUUGGGACCGAUACUACUGAAAACCUUGGAGUUGCUAAUGGACAAAUACUUGAAUCCUCAGAGGAGGACUCAGCUACUAAUGGGGUAGAGUUCCACCCAGUGGAGAGUACUGACUUGGACCCAGCCAAAGCUGAGAGUGCUUCCCCUUCUGCUGAGGCUCAGGCCUUUGCAGUAGGGGCCGUGUCUGGCAGUCAACCUGCCAAAUCCUGGGCCAGUCUGUUUCACGAUUCUAAGCCCUCUUCCUCCUUACCUGUGGCCUCUGUGGAAACUAAGUGUUCUCCUCCUGCCACAUCUCCCAUUGUCUCUGAAAAGCAGGUUGAAGUCAAAGAAGGGCUUGUUCCAGUUUCAGAGGAUCCUGUAGCCAUAAAGAUUGCAGAGUUAUUGGAGAAUGUAACCCUAGUACAUAAACCAGUAUCGUUGCAACCACGUGGGCUGAUCAAUAAAGGAAACUGGUGCUACAUUAAUGCUACACUGCAGGCAUUGGUUGCUUGCCCUCCAAUGUAUCACCUGAUGAAGUUCAUCCCUCUCUAUUCAAAAGUGCAGAGACCUUGUACUUCAACACCUAUGAUAGAUAGCUUUGUUCGACUAAUGAAUGAGUUUACUAAUAUGCCGGUACCUCCAAAAUCCAGGCAAGCUCUUGGAGACAAAAUCAUGAGGGAUAUUCGCCCUGGAGCUGCCUUUGAGCCCACUUACAUUUAUAGACUCCUGACUGUUAUCAAGUCAAGCCUGUCUGAAAAGGGUCGACAAGAGGAUGCUGAGGAAUACUUGGGUUUCAUUCUAAAUGGACUUCAUGAAGAAAUGUUAAACCUAAAGAAACUUCUCUCACCAAAUAAUGAAAAAUUUACUAUUUCCAAUGGACCCCAAAGCCACUCAGUAAAUGAAGAAGAGCCAGAAGAACAAGGCGAAGGAAGUGAGGACGAAUGGGAGCAAGUGGGCCCCAGAAAUAAAACUUCAGUCACUCGCCAGGCGGAUUUUGUCCAGACCCCAAUCACUGGCAUUUUUGGUGGACACAUAAGGUCUGUGGUUUACCAGCAGAGUUCAAAAGAAUCUGCCACUUUGCAGCCAUUUUUCACAUUGCAGCUGGAUAUCCAGUCUGACAAGAUUCGCACAGUCCAGGAUGCAUUGGAAAGCUUGGUGGCAAGAGAAUCUGUCCAAGGUUACACCACAAAAACCAGACAAGAGGUUGAGAUAAGUCGGAGAGUGACUCUGGAAAAACUCCCUCCUGUUCUUGUGCUGCACCUAAAACGAUUUGUUUAUGAGAAGGCUGGCGGAUGCCAGAAGCUUAUCAAAAACAUUGAGUAUCCUGUAGACUUGGAAAUUAGUAAAGAACUGCUUUCUCCAGGGGUUAAAAAUAAGAAUUUUAAAUGCCACAGAACCUAUAGGCUAUUUGCAGUGGUCUACCAUCAUGGCAGCAGUGCCACCGGGGGCCACUAUACCACAGACGUCUUCCAAAUCGGUCUCAACGGCUGGCUGCGCAUCGAUGACCAGACAGUCAAGGUGAUUAACCAGUACCAGGUGGUGAAGCCCACUGCUGACCGCACAGCCUACCUCCUGUAUUACCGCCGAGUGGACCUGCUGUAAUCACCGUCUCCUGUGCGACACCCGCUGCUUCUUCUCACUGACUUCCUUCCUCUCUUUAGUGGCUCUUCAGAGAGAAAAAUCUUUCUCCUUUUUGCAAAACUGGGCUAGAAUGGAGACGCCUUGGGGUCUGUGUACAACAUAGUUUGUGUUGACUUCUAACUUCCAAAUCAAAAUCAUUUGGCUGAAACAAGACUGUGUCACUUGAUUUAAGAAAAUACACCGAAACCCACAUUACUGAAAUAAUGCUGAUUUCUGAGUAAGGAAGGGGAACUUGCAUUUGAUUCCCAAAUAUGAUUGCUUAGUAGAAUAAAUCCCACACCAGCAACACUUGUAAAUUUGUGAAAAUGAAUUUUAUCUUUCCUUAAAAAAUAAUUUUUUAAUUCAUCACACUUUCUUCCCCACCCUUUAGUUUUUGAUAAAUGAUAGAAGUGAGCCAGUUAUCCAUGAAGAAAUAAUUCUUAACUUCAAAAGGAAAAUAAACAUGAAAACAAAGUUGCUGGUUCCUAACAGGAAGAAUCCAUUUUAAUGAUUGUGCAAUGAGAUACUGCUUGCCUACAUGUUGCAGAGCAAAUCUUUGGAGUGAAGAUGUCAGUCCACGUGGAUGGGUGAUUGUAACCUUAUUGCCAUUAAAAGAUUUCAAAAUUGCAUUCAUGCUUCUGUGUACACAUAAUGAAAGAAAUGGGCAAGAUAAUGAAGAUUGAACUUUCCUUAAGUCUGUUCUGUUUACUUCUGCUGUCUGCUCUCUUCUCUAAUGCUGCGUCUCUUAAUUGUACACAGUUUAGUGAUACCUAGAAGUAUAAGUGGUCGCCCAUCAAUAAAAAUCACAAUGUUGGUUUAGCGA